CCGACUCAUCUCCGUCUUGGAAAACCCCCUUUACACUCAAACCAUGCCUUUUUCGCGAGCUCUUUCCAGAUCUCCGUCGCCGCGUCGUCGUCGUUCCUUGUCGUACAGUCGUUCGCGUUCACCUUCUUCUCGCAGCAGAUCACGAUCACCACCACGUCGUCGCGACAGAAGCAGUUCACCUAGUGUGGCGAAAAAUGUGGUCUUGGUUACCAACUUGACUCGCAAUGUUACCAAAGAACAUAUUCAAGAAAUAUUCGAACACGCCGCGCCCGUUCGCAACGUCGACUUUCCAUUCAACAAACGAUUGAAUGCCAACGCCGGUAAAGCUUACGUUGAAUUUGAAACCGCCGACGAUGCAGAUAAAGCCAUUGCCUUGAUGGACAAGGGUCAGUUGGAUGGUAAAUACUUGACUUGUGUGAUUGCUCCUCCUCGCCGUCGAUCACCUUCGCCCUCGCCUCCUCCCCGUCGCCGAUGUAACUCGAUAUUCACCUCCUCCGUUCCGUCGAGGUGGCCGUGGUGGUGGCGGUCCCGGUCGUGGAAGACGCGAUCGAUAUGUUCCCGGUGGUGGUCGACGUUUCUCCCGUUCAAGAUCCCCUGUACGUCGUGGUAGAAGAUAUGCUUCCUAUUCUCGCAGUCGAUCGCCGAGAGGUAGAAGCUAUUCGAGAAGCCCCAGCUAUUCACGUAGUCGCAGCUACUCGCGUAGCCGCAGUUACUCUUCUCGCAGUCGCAGCCGUACGCCCAGUCGUAGCCGCAGUCGCAGCAUCUCCCCUCGACGUCGAAGCUAUUCU